UUCGCAUCGUCGUCGUCGGCAUCAUGGAGGCGACGGCGGAUCCGGUGGUGCUAAUCCAUGGUGUAUUCGGAUGGGGCAACAAGUCGCCACUGUUCAACAUGUUGCCCAACUACUGGCCGGUCGCCGAACUCAACCGCGUAAAUCCCAAUCACAUCAUUGUGGACGUCGGCAAGGUGUCGUCCGACCACGAUAGAGCGUGCGAAGCGUUCUAUCAACUUUACGGUGGCCAAGUAGACUAUGGCGAAGCGCACUCGGCUGAAAACGGACACAAACGAUUUGGAGCAACGUACUCGAAAGAAAAUGCAAAGCACACGCGGUGGAGUGCGGAGAAUCCAGUUCAUCUCCUUGGGCAUAGCUAUGGGGCUACCACAGCUAUUGAGCUGUAUCAACUGCUGUGCACGGACUUUUUCAAAGUCGGGUCCAGUCAUGCAUGGGUGAAGAGCAUCGUGUGCAUAUCGGGGCCAUUGACGGGGUCCACGCUGUGCAACGCGAUUGGAGCCAGCUUGAAGGGAGACCUCCCGGUGCUCGGGCCAGGACACAUCAUGGUGGCUGGCCUUGGCUUGAUGUGGAAGCUCCAGAACUUUUACUUUCCAUGGCUCAAGCACAUUUACGACUUGGACCUGGGCCAUUGGACCAACAACACGACGUGGGAAAUGUUUUACUCGACACGCAGUGCCGUGCACACGAGCCGUGAUCUAGCGCUGUACGACUUGCUGCCGGCCCGACGGGUGCAGCGCAACAGCCAACUCGUUGAAAUGGACAAAGUGCACUUGCUCAGUAUUGUGACGACAGCGACGGACCAGCAUCACGUUCCAAUUCGAGAGUGGGUGAUGGCAUUUGGAGUGGUCUGGCUCCUCUUUCGGCGAAAGCGACUGUGGCCGACGCGAUCACUGCGAUGCGCACUGUGCCUCACUCUGAUUGCCAUGACGUGGCGCAAGCUCGGGAAGGUCGACUAUUCCAAAGUUCGGUCCAGUUUGUGGGGUCUCAUCUGGGUCAUUCGGUCCUACACGAGCUCCAUGCAUAAACACGAUCCUCUCUACAACGGGUUUGAAAGCGCGCAUUGGGUGCACAACGACGGCGUAGUCAACACGUACUCGCAGGUGUAUCCCCGUGUGGAAGGCCCGAAGUGCGCCGACAGUCCAGCUCUCGACCGCCGACCCCGGUCCGAGUCGCACAUGUCGAUCGACCUCGAAGCCGAGAACGAAGUCGACAACCACACAACACAACUCAUCAAGGGGACGUGGCACACGUAUCGCAUGGGAAAGAACCACUUGUGCGGCACCCACUGGGACAAGGAGGCCCACCACCUGUACACGCACUUGUUCAAGCUCCUCAACAAGUGGGUUGCCCAGACGACGGCCGCCGACCCAGCACCAAGAUAACAAAUAAAACCUGCCGCCAGUGCGGACAGACCAGUUGGUCCACAUCGUUCCUGUCCCUUGGCGCAGGUUCU